CCCGCCACCGCCACCGCUUCAGCACCAGCGCCCGGACAGCGGUACCGCCCACGGGCAUGGACGCUGGUAGCGGCAGCAGCAGCAGCGGUCCUGCUCCCCGCCCGGAUCCGGAAGGGGAGCAGCGGCCCAAGGGGGAGCCCCUGGCCCCAGACGGCAGCUCCCCGGACAGGUCCCAGAGAAAUGCUGUGGCCCCUGAGGCAAGCCCAGAGAAAAGCUGCUCCCUCCACAGCCGCCCUCUGGAGGACCCUUCCAGUUCUUCAGGACCCCCACCAGCCACUUCCACCCUCCAGCCUGUGGGUCCAUCCAGCCCCUUGGCCCCUGCACACUUCACCUAUCCUCGGGCACCACAGGAAUACCGGGGGGACAGUUCCCUGCCAGGACUUGGGGACCGGGCAGCUCUGUGUUCCCAUGGCUCUAGCCUCAGCCCUUCCCCAGCGCCCUCACAGCGAGAUGGGGCCUGGAAGCCACCGUCUGUGCAGCACCAUGUGGUCAGCGUCAGGCAGGAACGGACCUUCCAGAUGCCAAAGAGCUAUUCCCAGCUGAUUGCCGAGUGGCCAGCAGCUGUGCUGCUGCUCUGUCUGGCCGUCAUCAUUCUCUGCACCCUGGCUGGACUGUUGGGGGACCAGCUGCCCGACUUCUCCAAGCCCUUGCUGGGCUUUGAGCCUCGAGACACAGACAUUGGGCGUAAGCUAGUGGUCUGGAGAGCACUGCAAACCCUCACAGGCCCCAGGAAGCUGCUUUCUCUUUCCCCAGACCUUGAGCAGAACAGCUCAAACACCCACGCCACUCUGAGCCCCACACCCUGGAGCAGUGCCCAGGAGGGCUUAGUGCGGCCUCGAAGGAUGGUGGAGCCCCCGGAGGACAGAGGGCAGGAGGACUUCUUCUGUGGCCCGCCCGAGAAGAGCUAUGCACAGCUGGUGUUCAUGUCCACGUCGGGGGGCAGCCUGUGGAAUCUGCACGCCAUCCACUCCAUGUGUCGCAUGGAGCAGGACCAGAUCCGCUCCCAUAGCCACUUUGGGGCUCUGUGCCAGCGUACGGAAGCCAACAAGUGCUGCCCCAGCUGGUCCUUGGGCAACUACGUGGCCGUGCUCUCCAACCGCUCCUCCUGCCUGGACACUACUCAAGCCGAUGCAGCCCGAACACUGGCCCUUCUGCGGGCCUGUGCCAUCUACUACCACCGCGGGGCCCUGGUGCCCUCCUGUCUGGGCCCCGGGCAGGACAGGCCGGCGCACUGCGCCCAGGUUCCCGCCAAGUGCUCCCGGAGCAGCGCCGUCUACCAACUCCUCCACUUCCUGCUGGACAGGGACUUCCUGAGUCCCCAGACUGCCGACUACCAGGUGCCCUCGCUCAAGUACAGCCUGCUCUUCCUGCCCACUCCCAAGGGGGCCUCCAUGAUGGGCAUCUACCUGGACCGCCUCGCCACGCCCUGGGGGCUCUCUGACAACUACACCUCCAUCACUGGCAUGGACCUGGGCCUCAAGCAGGAGCUGCUGAGGCAUUACCUGGCCCAGGACACGGUGUACCCGUUGCUGGCCCUGGCUGCCAUCUUCCUCAGCAUCGCCCUCUACCUGCGUUCCCUCUUCCUCACCCUCAUGGUGCUGCUGGGGGUGCUGGGCUCCCUGCUGGUCGCCUUCUUUCUCUACCGAGUGGCCUUCCGCAUGGCCUUCUUCCCCUUCGUCAAUCUGGCCGCCUUGGUCCUGCUCAGCGGCGUCUGCGCCAACCACACCCUCAUCUUCUUCGACCUGUGGCGCCUCAGCAAGAGCCAGCUGCCCUCCAGGGGGCUGGCGCCGCGCGUGGGCCGCACCAUGCACCACUUCGGCUACCUGCUGCUGGUCUCGGGCCUGACCACGGCCGCGGCCUUCUAUGCCAGCUACCUGAGCCGCCUGCCGGCCGUGCGCUGCUUCGCCCUCUACAUGGGCACGGCCGUGCUGGCGCACCUGGCGCUCACGCUGGCCUGGCUGCCCUCCUCCGCCGUGCUCCACGAGCGCUACCUGGCGCGCGGCUGUGCGGCCCGGGCGCAGGGCCCGCGCGGCGGCAGUGCGCCCCGGCGGCUGGCGCUGGCGCUGCACCGGCGGCUCCGCGGCCUGCGGAGGGCGGCGGCCGGCACCUCGCGCCUGCUCUUCCAGCGCCUCCUGCCCUGUGGGGUCAUCAAGUUCCGCUACAUCUGGAUCUGCUGGUUCGCCGCGCUGGCGGCAGGGGGCGCCUACAUCGCCGGCGUCAGCCCCCGCCUGCGGCUGCCCACGCUGCCGCCGCCCCGCGGCCAGGUCUUCCGGCCCAGCCACCCCUUCGAGCGCUUCGACGCGGAGUACCGCCAGCAGUUCCUGUUCGAGCGGCUGCCUCAGGGCGAGGGCGGCCACAUGCCCGUGGUUUUGGUGUGGGGCAUCCUGCCCGUGGACACCGGCGACCCGCUGGACCCCCGCAGCAACAGCUCACUGGUGAGCGACCCCGCCUUCUCGGCCAGCGGUCCCGAGGCACAGCGCUGGCUGCUGGCCCUCUGCCACGGAGCUCGGAAUCAGAGCUUUUUCGGGGCCCAGCCGGAGGGCUGGCCCACACUGUGCUUCAUGGAGGCCCUCCAGCGCUGGGUGGACAGCCCUGGGUGUGCCCGCCUGGGGCCGGGCCUCUGCUGUGGCCACUCGGGUUUCCCUUGGGCACCCCAGCUUUUCCUGCACUGCCUCAAGAUGAUGGCUCUGGAGCAAGGCCCCAACAGCACCCGUGACCUAGGACCCCGCUUCAGCGCUCACGGCAGCCUGGCCGCCCUGGUUCUGCAGUUCCAGACUAACUUCCAGUAUAGUCCGGACUACAGCCAGGCCCAACACUUCUACACCGAGGUCAGCCACUGGCUGGCAGCCGAGCUGGGCAGGGCACCUCCCGGCCUCCACCGGGGCUGGUUUACCAGCCAUCUGGAGCUCUACAGCCUGCAGCACAGCCUGAGCACAGAACCUGCCGUGGUGCUGGGCCUGGCUCUGGCGUUGGCCUUUGCCACACUGCUGCUGGGCACCUGGAACGUUCCGCUUAGCCUGUUCUCCGUGGCAGCUGUGGCAGGCACCGUCCUGCUCACCGUGGGGCUCCUGGUUCUACUCGAAUGGCAGCUCAACACUGCCGAAGCCCUCUUUCUCUCGGCCUCUGUGGGCCUGUCGGUGGACUUCACUGUCAACUACUGUAUCUCCUAUCACCUGUGCCCACACCCUGACCGCCUGAGCCGUGUGGCCUUCUCCCUGCGCCAGAGCAGCUGUGCCACGGCAGUGGGGGCCGCGGCCCUGUUUGCGGCCGGGGUGCUCACGCUGCCCGCCACCGUGCUGCUCUACCGCAAGCUGGGCAUCGUCCUCAUGAUGGUCAAGUGUGUCAGCUGCGGCUUUGCCAGCUUCUUCUUCCAAUCUCUGUGCUGUUUCUUUGGGCCAGAGAAGAACUGCGGGCAGAUCCUCUGGCCUUGUGCCCACCUGCCGUGGGACGCUGGAACUGGGGAGCCUAGUGGGGAGAAGGCAGGCCGACCGCGAGCAGGGCCAGUGGGAGGGGCGCCCGCCUCCUGCUUGGAACAGCACGAGCUCCAGCCCCUGGCACGGCGCCGGAGCCCCAGCUUUGACACCAGCACAGCCACGAGCAAACUGUCCCAUCGGCCCUCCGUGCUCUCUGAGGAUCUCCAGCUGCAUGAUGGCCCCUGCUGCUCCCGGCCCCCACCGGCCCCUGCCUCCCCGAGGGAGCUGUUCCUGGACCACCAGGCAGUCUUCAGCCAGUGCCCAGCCCUGCAGACCUCCUCCCCCUAUAAGCAGGCUAGCCCCAGCCCCAAGACCCAAGGCAGGCAGGACUCCCCAGGGCAGAAGGCUGCACCUGGGCAGGCCUCCCCAGAAGCCCCCGCCCACUCUGCCAAACCCAAGGCUGCAGAGCCUCCCGAUUGCCUCUGCUCCUCAGCCAGCACCCUGGAGGGGCUCAGCGUCUCUGAUGAGACCUGCCUGAGCACCUCUGAGCCCAGUGCCCGAGUACCGGAUUCUGUGGGUGCCUCCCCAGACGACCUGGACGAAACGGAGCAGACAGUGCCGGAGCGGGGCCAGCUGAAUGGGAAGCGGGACACCCUGUGGCUGGCACUGAGGGAGACGGUGUAUGAUCCAUCACUGCCUGCCUCCCACCAGAGCAGCUCGUCCUGGAAGGGCCGUGGGGCACCGGGGGAUGGCAGCCCUGUGGUGCUGCCCAACAGCCAGCCAGAUCUGCCCGACGUUUGGCUCCGCAGGCCCAGCACCCACACUUCAGGCUACAGUAGCUGAGGGGGGUCCCGGGAGGCCGGACUAGGGUGCAGAGCCUGUCGGAGGUGACGAGGCAGCCCCAGACUGGAGCCUGAUGGUGUCUCCCCACAUCAGCAUGGAGAGGUUUCACUGUCCCGCUGUGGAUUUUUAACCCUGCCACGUGUGUCAGCUUGGUCCAGGCUGCUGCUUACUCCCCACAUCUGGAGGAUUCGUUGGGGAGGAUUUUUGGAGAGAAAGGUCACAAGCUCAUGUCUUGUGACUUGCUGAGGUCUCGUCUGCCCUCUGUACUGCCAGCCAGGACCUCUGGAAGGGGGAAAGCCAGACGUGUAGCUGCAGGUAUCAGGGGGAGGCUGACCUGGCCCCUAUGCCAAGUGGACAUGAGGGACCCAGUCCUUGGGACCCUGCAGGGACCUCACCAACCAAAAGAGCCCUGGGGAGCCUCAGCAGCCUCCGGGACCUUACACCUUUCAGGGGCUCUUUAUCAGGACACUUCCUUCUCUUUGGGAGCUUCUCUGGGCCAGGAUUAGGCUGAGGCCUCCUUCCUUGAACAGCCCUAUCCCCUCACACUCCCCAGUCUGACCAGAAAUUUAUCAAAGCCGGGCAGAGAUGGCUGCUGGGAACGGAGCAGGGGGACGGGGGCUGGUCAGGACCAGAGUGUCUCUAAAUUGCAGCAUGGGCCCUCGUGGAGAGCUGCUCUGGCACAGGAAGAGUGCGCUCCCCUGUCAGCAAACAGUAAGAACCCUUCACAGCCUGCAUCUCUUCCUUCACACAGUGCUUAACUUGCAUACCCACGUCUCCUUGGAAUCUCGCAUUUCACUAUGGGGCAGCCUGCAAUUAGCCAGGUCUUUUUGCGCCCCCCCGCCGCCCCGCCCCGCCCGAUUUAUAGGUAAAGUCAUUGAGAAUAAGUAAGGUUCAGUGAUUGACCCACAGUCACAGAGCUAGUCAGUGAGGGAGCAGCCUUCCUGGCUCACUUCACCACUGGAACUCGCACUCUCCUGCCUACCUGCCCCAGGGCAUUGGCCUGUGCCUGACGUGCUGGCUCCCCUGGCAGGUGUCUCUGAGGACACUCCGGUCCUUCCCUUUCAGGCCUCCAUCUCCAGACAGAGCUGACUCUGAGCAAGCCGAGAGCUGCUCCAUGUCUACCCCGUCCUUCCCUCCGGAUCUGUGGAGAACCUGCCGGCUCUGGGGCCUCCUGGCUGAGCUGAGGCCCAGGUUCAGGGGCACGUGGCUUCCAGGACCACUGCCAGGAGAGGCAUGGAGCGUGUAGAGGUUGAACAGAAUGCCGCUAAGGCAGGAACUCAGGCCGGCCCUUCUGGGAGCGUGUGAGUCAAGUCUGUCCGGGGGCACUCAGGAGACGAAAAGGUGGGGCGCCUGGGUAGCACAGUCUUAGGCGUCUGCCUUCGGCUCAGGGCGUGAUCCCGGCAUUCCGCAAUCGAGUCCCACAUCGGGCUCCUCCACUGGGAGCCUGCUUCUUCCUCUCCCACUCCCCCUGCUGUGUUCCCUCUCUCGCUAGCUGUCUCUGUCACAUAAAUAAAUAAAAUCUUAAAAAAAAAAAAAGGAGACGAAAAGGUGACUCCCCGUCCCCAAAGCAAAGAGUCUCUCUGCAAGGCUUUAUGCCACAUGAGAGGUCCUGGCACGUGGAGCAAAUUUACUUGAACACCUCUCUCAUAUGGAACCACAAGGAGACAGAGGCAUGGAAGGGAGAUUGAACACGUGCCCUCCGGGAGCUCAUGCGCUAGCUGGGGGGACAGCUCACACAUAUACACAGGCACGGAUGUGUCACUGAUGGCACCACGCAGUGCGGGCUGAGGGCCACAUGCCUGUCACCGUUCAUGCUGCUGGAGGUCAAGUACCCAGGACUGGGUAACCAGGAAGGCUUCCCGGAGGGGAGACAACUUGAGCUGGGCUUUAGGAGUCCAAGUAUCUCAGACUAGAAGGGACCUUAAUGAUCAUUUAUUCCAGCAGUUUUCAAACUUUUUAGCCUCAGUACCCUUUCUUCAAAGAAUCCUUGUGUGAAAACACAGCAUAUAAAACAGAUAAAAAGCAGCUCGUCAGGCGGGUGCUGGGCAGGGAGUGUAGAGCAGCUCAGCCUCCCUUUCUACUGUGCCUCUCGGGGGCCCUGGGGAAGCCCGCAAGCUCCCGGCAGCUCCACAGAGUGUGGUGUGAAAACCACUGACCCAGGCCGUUUGACAGACGAGCAUCACAGAGGGGAAGGGGUUUUUCUAGGCCCCAACAGACAGUCUGUGACGAAACUGGAGGCAAAUCAAGAGGCGUUUUUGUUUUGUUUUUUUCCUACAUCGUUGAGACCCACCUCCCAGCCCAAGCAGCCCAUGAGAAGUGGAGCAGAAAUCCAAAUGACACACAGGAGUUGUGGAAGAGAGAGAAGACCAUGGGCUGGAAGGACAGGAUACAUCAGCUCCUUUGCAAGAUAAGGAAAUCAAACCCAUCUGACCCUUGACACCAGGAAGAGGAGGCAGGACUAGGACCUAACUUGGACCUAUCCUCUCGGAGGUCUGCGGGGACCACUGCGUCCUCACGUCCAAGUGGAAUUCCACCUCUCUGGCCUCAUCAGGGUCUUGGCUUCUCUCCACCACGAACCGUGUCCUUCUGUGUCACACAGCCACACCUUGAGAGCCCCGGUCUCAUCUGGGACAAUCAGCCAGAGGGAGGAUGGGUGAGUCCUUCCUCCUCAGCAUGUGCAGAAGUCUGACCUCGACUCAAAAGAGAGACCAGUGUCUUAGUUGCGUCUGCGCAGCUCACCAACACUCUUCUGCCCUGUAUUGUCCAGGGGCAGCAGGGACCUGGACCAGAAGAGCCUGCUCCUGUGGUGUCUGGGACUGGAGUUCCAAAACUUCACCUGAACACCACCGCUGAAAUGUCAGAGAGAAUAUGGAAGGGUGGGUAGGACGGGCAUCGGGGAUGUGGGCACAGCCGAGGAUCCUACUUGGAAAUUUCUGGGUCCCAUUCUUGCAGGCCACAGCCACAAAACCCUACAGGAAGGCAGAUGAGCCAGGAUAGCGAGGUACUGGGUGGAUUUGUUCUUUAUACCGCUGGGCCCAAAAGACUGGAAGAACCCAGAGGUCAGCUAAAACCACCUCACACCUAGAGUGGCCCGUACCAACAGCAGGCAGCCCACAUCAGUGGAUAAUCCAGCCUGCCUCUCCCGCCCCAACUUUGGAAAGCAGGAUUUAAAGCAUUUCCAAUUUCCUGUGAGUUUCAGCAGACCUAUUCACUUUAUUAUUAUUAUCAGCGGUUGCAAUGAAUAUAUGGCUUAGAAGCAUGCUGAGGCAGGGGAAAGCCAGCCAAGGCAUUCAUGUUUGCUCUGAAAAAUUCAAGAAGCAGUUUCUUAACACUGAGACACUUUAAAAUAGAACUAUGUUAACACCCAUUUGGGACUUAAGGUCAUUUCUCCUAUUUGUGCCACAGAUCCUUGACCUCACACUCAGACUAUGAGUAUGUGUGCUGUAUGUUUUUAAGAUGUAACUUGGUCUCCUUUGUUACUAUGGGAAAACCCAUCCUUCCAUGGCGGUGGUGCUGUGUUGACAGGGACAGAGAUUGAUUUGACUAGCAGACUCUUAGAUUUUACUGGCACAUGGCAUAUCUGAUACCAUGAUAUUUAGGCAAUAUUCCAUCUUAAGCCUGAUUUUGAAAGGCACAUUUCGCAAGAGAUUAAUAAGCCAAACUUCCUCAGCCCCGUCUAACUCAUUCCAUUCUUCUCCCGUUGCACGACAGGACAGGAAAGCAGGUGAGAGGUAUCGGGAAAGAAGAUUCAUUAGUUUACAACAUUCACCCAUUUAUCUGGGGAGUUUCUGAUCUUUUUUUCCAUGGUGGCCUUAUCUCAGCCUUUGAUAACACAUGUAGGCCAUGACAAGCUCUCUGACCCCCCAUCCCUUCUAUCAAGAUUCCAUUUGCUUGGGGUUAGAAAAAAACAGGCAUUCCUCAACCUUUCCACCCACACCCUUGAUCCCAGGGACAACUAUAACUCAAGAUCUGGAGGUAUUUAUGCUCAAGAGAAGAAAUUGUAACUCAGUUUGAUGGGAAGAUGAGAAACAAAAGAAAGCCACUGUGUGCUAUGUAAAUGAUUGGUUGUCCAAAGCCACUCUGUGCUGAAAAGCCCUGGA